AUGAGCCAUGCUGCUGCCUGCCAGUCAUCGUCUGUCCUCCCAGUGAGACAAAGGUGUUCGUCUGGGCUUGUGGGACAACUGGCCCGUAACGAGAUCAUCAUGGAUAAGUACAUGAAGCGUCUAGCAAAGCACUUUCCCCUCCUAUCCCAGUUCGAUCCUGACAACACCGGCUACAUCAGCACCGAGAAGUUUCGCUCCCUUCUCCAGAGACACGGCUCGGAGCUGGACCCCCACAAGCUGGAGGUCCUGCUGGCCCUGGCAGACAGCAACUCUGAGGGGAGGAUCUGCUACCAGGACUUCGUCAACCUGAUGAGCAACAAAAGGUCGAAUAGUUUCCGGCAAGCCAUCCUUCAGGGGAACAGGAGGCUGUGCAGCAAGGCCCUCCUGGAGGAAACGGGGCUGAGCCUUUCACAGAGGCUGAUCCGACAUGUUGCCUAUGAGACCCUGCCACGAGAGAUAGACCGCAAGUGGUACUACGACAGCUAUACCUGCUGCCCUCCACCCUGGUUCAUGAUUACCAUCACAAUUGUAGAGGUUGCCUUUUUUCUUUACAACGGAGUGGUAUUAGACAGAUUUGUGCUGCAAGUCACCCAUCCCUUAUACUUGAAGAAUGCAUUACUUUACCAUCCUCAGCUCCGUGCUCAGGCUUGGAGGUACCUAACCUACAUAUUCAUGCAUGCAGGGAUAGAACACCUUGGACUCAAUGUUGUCCUUCAGCUCUUGGUUGGGGUUCCCCUGGAAAUGGUGCAUGGAGCUGCGAGGAUCAGUUUUGUAUACGUUGCUGGAGUUGUGGCAGGGUCCCUGGCAGUGUCAGUAGCUGAUAUGACUGCGCCUGUGGUGGGCUCCUCUGGAGGAGUGUAUGCUCUUGUCUCAGCUCACUUGGCCAAUAUAGUCAUGAACUGGUCAGGAAUGAAGUGCCAAUUCAAACUGCUGCGCAUGGCUGUUGCCUUGAUCUGUAUGAGCUUUGAAUUUGGAAGAGCCGUGUGGCUGCGAUUCCACCCCUCCGCUUACCCACCAUGCCCACACCCCAGCUUCAUGGCUCACUUGGGAGGGGUGAUGGUUGGAAUCACCCUCGGUGUCAUCAUCCUGAGGAACUAUGAGCAGAGACUCCAAGAUCAGACUUUAUGGUGGAUCUUCCUUGCUAUUUAUGUCAUUUUUGUCUUGUUUGCCAUCUUCUGGAACAUUUUUGCCUACAGCCUGUUGGAUCUAAAGCUACCUCCUCCUCCUUGA